CCACCCUGCUAGGAUACUGAUAUCCAUGUGUAACCUUCAGCACCUAAACAUGUUGCCCAUUUCGGCCGACUGCCUGAAGUUUUGUACCAGGGUGUGAAGGCUAAUCAUUUAUUGUGUACAUCGAGCAUACGAGCAAGCAGUUUUAUGGCUCCUACACAUUUUUUAAGGAUGAUCAACAUUUUGGCUCUUGUGUGCUUGGGAUUAAUCUCGAAGGUUGAAGGGCAAGCUUCACAUAUGGGAGUAGAAUUUCAGGUACAGUUCCCAUACAUGCCUGAAGGCCAACCCAUUCUUAUGAUGAACUCACCCAUGCUCGACACGUUUGAUGUUUAUGUCACCGCUCCACUAUCGGACCACCCCGUUUCUGAGAGGAUAUCAAGAAGUGACACCACCACGUCUAUUGUCGCCAAAGGAAAGUUCUACUUUGGGAUGACAGUGUUUAUGCCGGUGUCGGUCCACUCGGCUGCUAGCUUCCAGGCCAUACCAACUUCCGGUUUCGGCGCGGAGUACUAUGUUCUGGCACCAAAGAUGGGGCCUUGGAUUGUGCUCAUGUCUUUAGUUGAGGAAAAUGAAAUCAGCGUACGAUUUACUGAACCCAUGGAGCAGCUAGAAAGCAAAUUCACUGAGGGAUUACUCUCUACUAUUGCACUCAAUAGGAAGGAGGCGUACAUCAUGCAGAACUGUACUGGAAGAACAGUCGGAGAGAAGCAUCUUGGAGCAAUCACACCAGCUAAAAUAACAGCGUUGUAUUCAUUCGGCGUUAUUGUUGGCACUUGCGAAGAAUACGAAUUUGAAUCGAAAUGUCAGAGAAAGAAUGUCAAGACCGCUGGUGGUGUAACGGCAGAAAUGCUUAUCCCCUCAAGAACUGGGGAAAAACAGUUUGUUAUACCUGUUACUAUUAACGAAGAAACACAGGUGAUAAACGUUGCUGUUGGACGUGUUUUGGAGAAAUGUAAGGGAUCAAUUACUCGCAUCAACGAUGGGUUAGAGACCGACUGCGAUGGUUUUGUUGAUGAAGAAAGAGAGAUUAUGAAAGAUGGUUGGUUGAACAAAUGGAGGGACCCAGAGUUGUUUGAACAACACACAAGUCCGUUAAGGGAGGAAAAAGAAAAACGUGAGCAGGAAAAUAACUGCCAACAAACCUGUUGCCCCUCCGUGAUUUGCUUGUCAAGCACCACCAUUGUUAUUGGCCUGAUCCUCUACGUCACGCUAAUGUUCUGUGUAGGAAUCAGCAUUGAAUUUCUUAGACGCAGAAGAAAUGCUUCGCUUGCUGAGCUGAUGUCCGUUGAAGCUGACAUUGUUAAACUCAGGGCUUUGUUAAAGACCGCUCAACGUGAACAUAUGUCUGAGGACCAAGCACAGUAAUGUAUUAUCCUUGAUAGCAUAAUAUAGGGCCUACAUAAAUAAUUCACAUCAACUCUUUUGGAAAAUUACAUCAUAGAACAAAAAUAUUUACAUCAAACAUUUUUAUUUAAAAAACGCCACAAUUAUUUUAUCAACUUUACACUUCUCUUUUGAUAUAAAUAAAAAUGAAUGAUUGCAAUUUU